CUAGCUCAGUCAGUCGGUGCGAACGCGACGCGUGAGCUAGGCAGGCGCGCACGAUCGACCUGGUGUGCAAAUGUGAGCGACAAAAAUUGCUGUAGAGAAAAAAAGAGCACGGAGGAAGCACCGAUUUGCAGUCAGAGCCCAAUGGACCUCAGCACUCACGCACUGCAAGAUCGCGACGAGGAGCAGCAGCCGCCGGCCGCAGCACAACCUUCUUCUUCUUCUUCGGACAACGCCGCUCAUCAGGAGACGACGCCCGUGAAACAGGAGGUCGACGCCGAGUCGCCGGCCGAAGUGGCCGCCGCAGCUGCAGCCGCUGGCCUCAUGUGGCCGCCUCAUCCACUGCGUCUGUCUCAGCUGAUGGCCGCUGGAAAAUUGGUGCCCACCUGGCCGCACGACCUCUUCGACCACCACAAACACCCUUUCGACGUUUUGGGCAAGCAAGGAGGCCGAACCCGCGCGUGCCUCGAGAGUCCGUCGGCACAUUCCCACUGCGACACAGCCACUGAGUCCGAGACAGGCGACGACGAGACCGGCGACGAGGGUGACGACGACACCAUCCGCUGCCCUGACUGCGACAAACCCUUCGCCGACUUAGAAUCUUUGGACGAGCAUUUAGUUGCCGCGCACCGGUACCAGGCGGGUCAGCACAAGUGCGACCACUGCUCUGCGUCCUUCUGCUGGCGUCCGUGUCUUCUGCGUCACAAACACACGCACGGCGAGCAACGCAAGUACCCGUGCGAGAACUGCCCAAAGGUCUUCAGCGACCCGAGCAACCUCCAGCGGCACAUCCGCGCGCACCACGUGGGCGCCCGUUCGCACGCGUGCCACGAGUGCGGCAAGACGUUCGCCACCUCGAGCGGACUCAAGCAACACACGCACAUCCACUCGAGCGUCAAGCCGUUCCAGUGCGAGGUCUGCCUCAAGGCGUACACCCAGUUCUCCAACCUGUGCAGACACAAGAGAAUGCACGCCGACUGCAGGUCGGGACCAAUCACUCAACCUCAAUUCUUCUCGUCUCAGAUAAAGUGCCACCGGUGUGGACAGGCAUUCAGCACAGUCACUUCGCUGUCCAAGCACAAGCGUUUCUGUGAUUCGAGUCCUCCGAGUUCAGCGUCGAGCGGCUCGAGCUGCUCAAACGGGUCUUUGGCGCCGCCGCCGGCGCCGCCUCCACUCAACACCAACCCCCUGCUGCAAAUGUACCCGCGGCCGUUUUAUCAGCCCUUCCCGGCGCUCUUCGCGCCCUCGGCCCAACCCUUCCUCGGCCUCCUCACGCACAAAAUGAUGCAGCAGCAUGAGGCGGCCAAGGAGGAGGCGGCCAAACAGGCGGCCGCCGCCCCGGCCGCCGCCGAGGCGGGACAGCAACGGCCCUCGCCGCGUCCGGCCACCACCUACCCGAAUCCUCGGGAGGCGCUGCCGUCGCCGACCAAUCGGCGCCGCGCCCCACCCUCGCCGGUGGCGCUGACGGCGCGUGGCGAUGCCGCGUCGCCGCCGCAGCCCCAACCCUUGGAUCUGCGUGUCGGCGCCAAAAGGGACUCUGAAGACGAGCCUGAUAGUCCGCCGCCCGCCAAACGCACCUCCAGUCCUUCACAGGUGCGGCCACAGGCGCCACCGGCGCCUGAGGAGGACGACGAAGAACUCGAAGUUGAUGACAAAGUGAGUCGUUUUUUGGAGAGGGAUUUGAGGCCUGCAGUGGCGUGUCCCCUGCCUCUGCACCCGUUCGACGCGUUCAUGUACCGACCUGCGUCGUUCCCACCCUCGUUCCACCCACCCCUGCACCUGCUGCCGACGCCGCGAGCCUUCGGGCUUGCACCGUCGCCACUCAGCCCCAGGCUUGGGUUUGCGCAACCACCCUUCAAACCCAUGCACGAGGUCGGAGGCGGCACCGCCCCUGCCCCAAACAAGCAAAAGGACCGAUACACGUGCUCCUUCUGUGGAAAGGUUUUCCCGCGUUCGGCGAAUCUGACGCGUCACCUGCGGACGCACACCGGCGAGCAGCCGUACAAGUGCAAGUACUGCGAGCGUUCAUUCAGCAUCUCGUCAAAUCUGCAGCGCCACGUGCGCAACAUCCACAACAAGGAGAAGCCGUUCAAGUGUCCACUGUGCGAGCGCUGCUUUGGCCAGCAGACCAACCUGGACCGGCACCUGAAGAAGCACGAGGCCGAGGAGGCCGGCGGCGUCCUGCUCGACAGCCCCGCCUCCAGCAACGAUGACCAGGCCUCCGUCUUCGACGAGAUCCGCUCCUUCAUGGGCAAGGUGGCGGGGUACGCCGCCUCCGGCGUCGGGGGCGGCCCCGGCGGCCCCCAGCCCCCGCUCUUUGACCUCUCCCGCACCCUGGUCAACAACAAUAAUAACUUGAAGCGGCCGCAGAAUGACGACCCCAUCGCCAUCUCCAGCUAGAGUGACCUGUUCGACCUCUGUCCUCCCUCCCUCCCCCACCACCUCCUUGUAAAAAGGAGAAAUAAAAGAAAGUGCAUCGGACACUGUCCCUGUUGAGGUGUUGAAUUAAUUAUUAAUUAAUUAUAUUGUCUUCUUAGUCAUCUCGAGCCAAAGCUUUUCAGUCACACCGCCGUCGGCUAGUUUGGUAGGCACCCAAGUUGUUACAAAACAAUUGUAUUGUAUAAAAAAAAAAAAAUUACUUAAGAAUCUCUCACAUGUGUC